AUGUUUAUUAAGUCAUCUACAAGUUCUACCCUAUUACUGGCACUAGCCUUGGUUCUAGCCAUAUCAACAACAACACGGGCUAAUGACCCUGAUAUCUUAACCGACUUCAUAACCCCAAAUACAAGCUCCAUCGAUGCCAGCUUCUUCACCUACAGUGGACUCAGUGCCUUUUUUAACCCAAAUCCUAAAAACUUCAGAGUCAUCAAAGCUUCAAUGGCAGAGUUCCCAGCUCUAAACGGUCAAAGUGUGUCAUAUGCAGUGCUCCAAUUCCCACAAGCCGCUGUGAACCCACCUCACACUCACCCUCGUGCGGCUGAACUGCUAAUUGUAAUAUUUGGUACACUUGAAGUUGGAUUUAUCGACACCAAGAACGUAUUAUUUAAUCAAACACUUCAAGAGGGCGAUAUGUUUGUAUUUCCAAAAGGGCUUGUUCAUUUUCAAUACAACAGAAACCACAAUCAAGCAGCAAUCGCGGUUUCUGCUUUUGGAAGUGCGAAUGCUGGCUUGCUUUCAGUUCCUAAGUCCGUUUUCACUACUGGUAUUGAUGAUAACAUUCUUGCUAAGUCAUUCAAAACUGAUGUUCCCACGGUUCAGAAAAUCGAGCUAGGACUUAAGAAUUAG